CAGCCGCCGUCAGUUGAGUUUCAGCAGAGUUGGAAGAGUCAUCGUUCGGUCGGUUUUUCUCGCAGCAGCAAGUUUUUCGAAGGAGAAAAAAGAAAGCUCAUCAGCGGAAAGGAAAAAUCGUUUGUGACGAGUAAACUAGCAAUCAGAAAGAAGAUAAUUCAUAUUCCCGAAGUGACCGAAACCAGUAGGAAUCUAGUUCCGGAUACCAUGGCCGAAGGAAAGAAUGAGGAUUUGGCGACCGCGAUUCUGAAGCGCAAGGAGCGCCCGAACCGUUUGAUCGUGGACGAAGCCGGCAACGAUGACAACUCGGUUAUCUCGCUGUCCCAGGCUAAAAUGGACGAACUGCAGCUGUUCCGAGGUGACACGGUUUUGCUCAAGGGCAAACGUCGCAAGGAAACGGUUUGCAUCGUGCUGUCCGAUGACAACUGCCCGGACGAGAAAAUCCGUAUGAAUCGCGUGGUGCGCAACAACCUUCGGGUGCGCCUAGGGGACGUCGUGUCGAUCCAGUCCUGCCCGGAUGUCAAGUACGGCAAGCGGGUGCACAUCUUGCCCAUCGACGAUACCGUCGAGGGUCUGACCGGUAAUCUGUUCGACGUGUACCUGCGUCCGUACUUCUUGGAGGCCUACCGGCCCAUUCACAGCGAUGACACUUUUAUUGUGCGUGGAGGUAUGCGAGCCGUUGAGUUCAAGGUGGUCGGAGCUGAUCCGUCGCCGUACUGUAUUGUGGCUCCGGAAACGGUCAUCCAUUGCGAAGGCGAUCCGAUCAAGCGCGAGGAGGAAGAAGAAGCUUUGAAUGCGGUCGGUUAUGACGAUAUCGGUGGCUGCCGCAAGCAGCUUGCCCAAAUCAAGGAGAUGGUUGAGCUUCCAUUGAGACAUCCUUCGCUGUUCAAGGCGAUCGGUGUGAAGCCACCUAGAGGUAUUCUCAUGUACGGUCCCCCUGGUACGGGUAAGACCCUAAUCGCUCGAGCCGUGGCCAACGAAACGGGAGCUUUCUUCUUCCUGAUCAACGGUCCGGAAAUCAUGUCCAAGCUGGCAGGCGAGUCGGAAUCUAAUUUGCGCAAGGCCUUCGAAGAAGCCGAGAAGAAUUCUCCGGCCAUUAUCUUCAUUGAUGAAUUGGACGCUAUCGCUCCUAAGCGUGAGAAGACUCACGGAGAGGUUGAACGCCGUAUCGUGUCCCAGCUGUUGACGCUUAUGGAUGGUAUGAAGAAGAGCUCGCAUGUGAUUGUGAUGGCCGCCACCAAUCGGCCAAACUCGAUCGACCCUGCUCUGCGUCGUUUCGGACGUUUCGAUCGCGAAAUUGACAUCGGAAUUCCGGACGCCACCGGACGACUGGAGGUGCUGAGAAUUCACUCCAAGAACAUGAAGUUGGCCGAUGACGUAGAUUUGGAACAGAUCGCUGCCGAAUCUCACGGCCAUGUUGGUGCUGAUUUGGCAUCACUUUGCUCGGAAGCCGCUCUGCAGCAGAUCCGUGAAAAGAUGGACUUGAUCGAUCUGGAGGAUGAUCAGAUCGAUGCUGAAGUGUUGAACUCGUUGGCCGUUUCGAUGGAGAACUUCCGUUACGCUAUGACCAAAUCGAGCCCAUCGGCUCUGCGUGAAACAGUUGUCGAGGUUCCCAACACCACUUGGCACGAUAUCGGAGGUCUGGAGAAUGUCAAGCGCGAGUUGCAAGAACUGGUUCAGUAUCCGGUGGAGCAUCCGGAUAAGUUCUUGAAAUUCGGUAUGCAACCGUCGCGUGGUGUUCUGUUCUACGGACCACCCGGUUGUGGUAAGACCUUGCUGGCCAAGGCCAUUGCCAACGAGUGUCAGGCUAAUUUCAUUUCGGUUAAGGGCCCAGAACUGCUGACUAUGUGGUUCGGUGAAUCCGAAGCCAACGUACGUGACAUCUUCGACAAAGCUCGUUCCGCUUCCCCUUGCGUGUUGUUCUUCGAUGAAUUGGACAGUAUCGCUAAAUCGCGAGGUGGCAACGUGGGAGAUGCUGGUGGUGCCGCCGAUCGUGUCAUCAACCAGAUUCUGACUGAAAUGGACGGUAUGGGUGCCAAGAAAAAUGUCUUCAUCAUCGGUGCCACCAAUCGUCCGGACAUCAUCGAUCCGGCCAUUUUGCGUCCGGGUCGUCUCGAUCAGUUGAUCUACAUUCCGCUGCCGGACGAUAAGUCCCGUGAGGCUAUCCUGAAGGCCAACUUGCGCAAGAGCCCGGUGGCGGGCGAUGUCGAUUUGACGUACGUCGCCAAGGUGACUCAGGGAUUCUCCGGUGCCGAUUUGACUGAAAUUUGCCAACGUGCCUGCAAGUUGGCUAUCCGUCAGGCGAUCGAAGCGGAAAUUCGUCGUGAGCGAGAACGCACCGAAGGCCAGAGCUCAGCAAUGGAUAUGGAUGAGGAUGACCCAGUGCCGAACAUCACCCGUGCGCACUUCGAGGAAGCGAUGAAGUUUGCCCGUCGGUCAGUUUCCGACAACGACAUCCGCAAGUACGAAAUGUUUGCCCAAACGUUACAACAGUCUCGUGGAUUCGGAAAUAACUUCAGAUUCCCAGGAGGCCAGAGUGGUUCCAGUUCGCAGGGACAGGGAUCGAGUCAACCGACGAGCAAUCCAGCCGACAACGGUGAUGACGAUCUCUAUAGUUAGACAGCUGCAUACGCCACUCGCGCGUCAUGCCGGCAAUUUUCGAUUCGUAGAAUAUCAAAUGAGCGACGAGAAUGUCCAUCCGUAACGCGCCCAUUCCCCAUUGCUAGCAACAGAAGAUCAGAUGUCCAUCAACAGGUAACGAACAGGAAACACACAACUUGAACACUCUCUAGCUCUGCCCUCACUUCCUGCCUACUGGGGUCAACCAGCAGAAUGGAACGCCUACUUAGAUGCGCGACAGGGGGCCAUCCGUUAUAAUUGAUUGCGGUACAUACAUACAUACAGAUUGCAGAAUACUAAUCUUUCUUAAAAUACGAAUAUUUACCGUAAGGGAAGUUAACUUUUUUUUUUAUUAAAAACAGUAAAUAUCUUAAGAAGACCUAGCUGAGGGAGAGAAACGGUAUGGUUGGUCAGUAGAGAAGUCCCUGUUUGUCUAUACCCCUGUAUUAUUUUAUUUAUUGGUUUAUUAAAACAAAAUUUCCAUUCUUUUGUUGAGCUCUACAUAUUGCUAUUUUAAAGUUUUUCUUUUACCAAACAGAGUUACUUUUCCGAAUACCCACAGAUUUUGGACUUCGGUAAUUAUUUAAACACAAUUCUAGUUGUUCAACUUUUGGUUGCAAUUUCUACUGGAAUCUGAUGUUUAACCGAUAUCCUAAGACCGAAGUGAUCAAAAUUUUCUUAGAGUGACAUUACACUCUCGUACAUUUUAUACAUUACUAGCAAGAUCGUCAAAUAGAAGCACUGUUACGGAUACAUUGAUGGUCUGGGGACUAUUGUGUGGACGUAACAGGAGGAACCCGUUUAAAAUAUAUUGAUUAUUUCAAUUUAGAAACCAACACACUAUUCCUUAAAUAGGAUGCGAAGUAGCUCUAGGUAUAGUAAUGACUAGUGGUCAAAGAGUUUGGAACUGUAAGGUGAUUAAAUUUGAAAGCAAGAACAAAAAAAGAUAAUAAAAUAGACUUAAAAUGUAA